AUGUCUGGAACUUCGUUCUUUUCGCAGAUUUCGUCCUUCUUCGGAGGCAGUGCCAAUCCCUCCGCUACACCUUCGCCUACGCGUCGCACCACCACCUUUGGCUCAGGCUUCGGCUCUUCCUCGCGUCGCGGCCCUCCUCAGGCCCUCAAUGCAAAUGCAUGGUCGCUUCCUUACAGCACCAGCAACGCCAUCCCCAAUUCUCCCGCCUACCCUCACAAUGGCGCCACCUCUCCCAUCGAUAGUCAGUAUCCGCCCCCCUCCGGCAUCGCUCGCGCAUCUUCGCCGUACGGCAACGAGCACGUCUCGGCCAUCUCCACCAGCUCGGUCGCAGAAUUUAGCAACAUGUAUCCCACCGCUUCCACUUCGACACUCACUCCCGCCACCGCAACUUGCUCCGUCAGCGUCUCUGCUGGAGGCUCUGUGCCCACGAGCGCAUACCCUCCCAUGCGUCACACCUGGAACCGCAUUCGCAAGUGGUGCCGCAAAAAUUAUCCCGAGAUCUCCGACACGCUCAACUGGCCCUGUUCGGAAGACGCGCUCGACGAGCUCGAGAUGACCAUCGGCUAUGCUCUUCCCUCGUGCGUGCGCGAGUCUUACCUCAUCUACGACGGCCAAGAGCUCGAAUCUAAUCAGUCGUGCCAAGACGGUCUCUUUUUUGGUGCAGCGCUUCUCAGCCUGGAUCAGGUCGCCCAGGAGUGGAACUUUUGGCGUGCCGUCGACGAAGACCCCGAGACGGCCGCCAACCCGCAGCUGCGCAAUCUCAUGGCCAGCUGCCCGCACAAGUGGAUUCGCGCAGAGUAUUCGUGCCGCGGCUGGAUCCCUCUGAUCACCGACCACGCGGGUAACUACAUUGGCGUCGAUCUCAGCCCACACCCAGCUGGAGGAGGAUCGCCCGGACAGGUCAUCAUUUUUGGUCGCGACUUUGAUACCAAGGUCGUCUGCUGGAAAGGGGAAGGCGCUGGAGGAUGGGGUCGAUUCCUCCAGAUGUUUGCCGACGAGCUGGAAGCGGGCACGUUCUGGACGCUCGAAGAGGCUAGCGCAGGCAGCGACGACGAAGAAGACAUGAUCGGCUACGAGAGCUAUUUCAGUGGUGGAGGUGCUGGCGCCAGUCAAGGUGGUGGUGACCGUGGCGGCGAAGGUGCCGCUGGCUUCCGUCUCGCUGGCGAGUACAAGGGCUGGCCCGUGCUGGAAGCGUGGGCGGAUAGAUCGGUGCGCUUGUGGGAAUCAGUCGGGUUCGCACCUGGAAAACCGCAGGGAACGCCGCAUCUAGAACAGCAGCCCCAGCCGCAAUCCGUGGUCGAUCGACAGUCGCAGCAUCUCUCGAUGCUCGCUGGUGAGGCGGGCAUGCCACCCACGUUGCAUACAGUCGACGAGAACGGCGAAGCGAUCGAUGCCGAGGCAAGUGGAUCGAGCCGCAAUCCUGUGAUAGGAAGAGAACUCGAGGGCGGAGUAUCUGUGGAUGGGCCAGCGCACCCGUUGGCCGAUUCCUCGAUCUCUGCUGAUACGAGCGUCGAGGUUCUCAUCGCUGCCGCCGAUGCGACCGAGCCUGCGCAGAGCAUCAGCGCCACCGAAGCCAGCACCAACGGCAAUGAGGGCGCCGUCACCAAUUUGACUCCCACCAAUAGCACUCGUCGCAUGUCGGGCAUGCUAUCCCCCCCUCUCCCCGAAACCAAAGCAUCGCUGCGCAAGCAGAAGCAGCGAGACGAGGGGUGGGGAUCGCCCAUGCUCGGAUCGUCGUCGCCCGUCGUCGGCGCUCAGCCACGUCGUCCCGUUCGACCGGCUCCCGCGCCAGCACCCAUGUUGGAUUUGCCUACGAUCGAAGAUGUCAAGGCGAUCCAAGCGGCAGCGCUGGCCGACGAUGGCGAAUCACACAGCGUUCAAUUCAAUUCGCACGCUCAAGGACGCAGUUCGUUCGGCCAUCUCGGAUUCCGCGACUUUGCGGGUAAGAUCGGUGCAGCAGGUAUGGUGAAUGGCAAUGGUCUAGCAAGUCCGCAUCUUGGUGGUGCGCAACGAUCGGAAUCGGUGGAACUGGAAACGCGGACUAGCGUGGAGCAGCGAGCCAGUGCGAAUUCAAGCUACAUCGUUGGGCAGAGAGGCAGGGCGAGAGGCUUGGGCCUCGAGAAUGCGGAUAUCGAUGUGGCCGCAAAGGCUCUAGGAGGCAUGUCGGUACGUGACGAGCCGUCGCUCAUUGACGCUAACUCGGCUCCCGCCUCGCCGUUGGUUAGGGAGAAUGCUAGGCUGGCUGAAGCUGAGGUACCUGCUGCUCUGGCUUGA